AUGAGGGUCCUGGUCGCCCUCGCAGGCUGGGCUUGUACCACCCUCUGCCUCGCUUCCAGCUCAUCCGCCUUCUCCCACGGCGCCAGCGCGGGGGCCUGUGAGGACAUGCAUCCCCAACACAUUGGAGCCCCGCCUCAGCGCUCCGGGAGCCCGCACGUCACCAUCCACACUGGCAGGUCCUCCUACUCUCCAGGGGACGAGGUUCCAGUGACUGUGAGAAGCAGCCGUGACUUCAUGGGCUUCCUGCUCCAGGCUCGCAGGGUGUCUGAUCAUCAGGUGGCCGGCACGUUCGUCUUCAUCCCUCCUCGUUCCAGGCGGAUGACUUGCUUUGAAGAGGCUGACGCGGUCACCCACUCUGACAAGUCCCCCAAGAGAAACCUCUCGUUCGUGUGGAAGGCCCCCGCCCAGCCUGUGGGCGACAUCAGAUUCCUUGUAUCGAUAGUCCAGUCCUAUUUCGUUUACUGGGCAAGGAUCGAAUCAUCGAUUGUGUCUCAGCACACACAGAGCGGAGCUGAUUCUGGCGACCACGUGGAGCUCAGGUCUAAGACGCCAGCCCCCUGGCAGAGGGCAGAUGGGACUGAAGGAACCGCAGCAGCUCCCAGUGCCCCCAUCACUCUUCCCCAUCAGCACGCAGAUGUCUUUGCUGCUGCCCUUACUGGAACUGCAGAAGAAGAGAAUCUAGAUCUUGUUCCUGCCAGCAGUUGGGUGACCAGGAAUGCAGAGACUCAGUCCCAACCAUCUCCACACACAGCUCCUGCAAGCAGCGAUGGCCAGAAACUCCGCAGGGACAGCAUCCCACUCCUAGAACCAUCCCUGGAUAUCCAUAGGCUGCAGAGGCUUGUGGACCUUAGGAGAUUCUCCUCAGAGGAUUUUGCUUCUAGCCUGAGCACCUACCAUGGGACUGAGGACGAUCAAAGCUUUGGUUCCUUGGACACUUGCCUUUCCUUGGACGUGGAGAAACAGGACAAGACAGAGGCCUCUAAUAUGACCGUGACAAGGCCGCUUCCGUACAGUGUUGCUCUCACCCACCCUCAGUGCCUCUGGUCCUCUGAAGCAUUCACUGGGAAACUGGCUGCAAUGACCAACCCAACCCCCCUUUUCCACACCUCCAGCACUUCCAGGGCACCUGCUGUUGAGGGCCAGUCAGAGGCAUCCAUGCUCUCUGCCAGCUUCUUGCCUCAGUUGGAGCAUAAGGAGCCCAGAGUCAGAGAGAACAAGGGAGAGAUUGGCCUGGACUCCCCUAGGAAGACCAACCUAAGACCCGAGGUUGGGCUAGAGGGAGCCAGUGGCCCUUUGGGGAUCCAGCUCAGGACUCCCCAGCUGGGAAUCCUGCUCUGCCUGGCAGCCACCCUGGGCAUGGCCCUGGCUGCGGGAAUUUGCUACCUGCACACCCAGUACCGCCACAAGCGGACCCAAGUGUCCUUGAGGGAGCCAACCACUGACGCUGUUGCUGGGAGUGAUGGUGGUGAGACCGUGUAUGUCAGGAAGAUUGGGGAGAACAGUUUUGUUUUGGUUCAAGCAGAAUACAAGUAG